AUGUUUUGCCAUUAUCACUUUGAUAGUUCAACACGCCACAAACAACAACAUCACUCGUUGCUGUCGGUGUUGGCAUCUUUGUUGUUCGGGCUCAUGGCAACAACAACACCCCCACUGGGACUAUUUGGCAGUGGCGGCGGCGGCGGUGUUGUUGCUGCCGCUGCUGGUGUGGCUGUUGCCACUGAUAAGCUUGCCACAGAGAAUGACAUUUUACGUUUUUCCUAUGAACUGGAAUCAUGGCUGGAUUUAACAAAAAAACCCUGCGAGGAUUUUUUCGGUUAUGUUUGUGCUCGCUCGCUAAAUGCCACCGCCCCGGCACAGCAUGACAAACGCCAACAGCAGGAACAAUUGAAAUUCAAUAAAUUUCUCGAGGCCAAUAACGACGAGGAGCUCAUGGAUGCCGAAUUGAAAGUGAAGCAUUUUUACGAUUCAUGCCAGAAUGCCCGCAUGAUGGAUCAUCUGAAAAGCACUUUAAUGUAUCGCUUAUCUGGUGGCUGGCCAGCCAUUGACGAUUCCAUGGCCAUGUUGCGGAAACGUCGUAACAUGACCUGGUUACAGGUGCUCAGUAUAUUCCAUGAGGCUGGGGUGCCGUAUUUUUUUAAGACCCAAAUUGAAUUACGUUCCAAUAAACGUAUCGUCCAGAUACGCCCAGAUGAUUCGAUACGUUUUACACUGAGAAAAUUCGAACAGUUGUCGGGUGAAAUUAUGCAUGCGUACGAUGUGAAUGCAGGCAAGGCCCGUCUGGUGGCAUUGGAGAUAUUGAAUUUUGAACGUAAUUCACGAGAUAUUAUGAAAAUUGCCAUAGCGGCAGAUGAGAAAAUCAAUGAAUAUACCUAUGAAGAUUUUAAGGGUUUAAAUUUUGGUUCAGUGCCACCACUGGAUUGGGAUUCAUAUUUUCGUAAAGUGAUGGGAAAGCCAUUGAAAAAUACCGAUACCGUUAUUGUCAUGGAACUGCCGAAAAUGAUACAAUAUUUCGAGUUGUUGCAAUCGACAACAUUGACGAGAUUUUUGAAUUGGUUGUGGAUUGACUAUUUGAUGGACAAAACACCCUCCGACUGUCAAAAACUCACGGAAACCUAUUUCGGACCGGUCUACAAACACAUCGUUGAACGUUCCGCCAUCAAUAAAGUACAAAUGGCUCAAAUGUAUUCCGAACUGGGACAAUCCUAUGAUCAACUAUUGGCUAACACCCCCUGGAUUGAUGAAAUCACACAACAAAAUUCAAAACUAUUUUUAGGACGUGUUAUGCACCUGACACUGAACGGUGAUGCCAAACUGGAUGCCGAAUAUGAAUCCCUGGCAAUUACAAAACGUAAUUUCUAUCGUAACUUAGAAAAAAUUCAAAGAUUUUUAUCGCAAAGAUCCAAGCAGGAUACAGAUUCGGUAAAACCCAGGUCUCAUGGCACAAAUCAAGUUAGCCGCAGUGUUCAGAUGUUUAUGGAAAGCUUCCUUACCAUUAACAAUAUCAUGCAACAGCAGCAGAAUUUAAGUGCCCCACUGAAUUAUGUUUUGGUUGGGCAAAAUUUUGCCGAAAUGAUGAUAGGUGGUGCCCAUGCCACACCCGGUGCCUGGAGAAGUACUGAUUCGGAUCGACAAUAUGCCACAUUUGAACGUUGUUUGGCAAGACAACAAACUGCAGGGAAUGCCAACACCAGUCGGUCAUUUAAUCUCAAUAAUUUAAUUCUGAAAUUAUUGGCUCAACAACAGGCCUGGUAUACCUACAAACAAUGGCUGCAGCAUGAUGAGGAGUUUAUGCAGAAAUUAGAUCGCCUUUUGCAAGCGGGCCAUUUACAAAUGUCCAUGGAAAAGUUGUACUUCGUUGCCAGUACCCUAUUGGAUUGCCAGUUAAAUCCCUCGACAGAACGUCGCUCUUUCCUGCACGCCUUUCUAAAACAAUCCAAAGAAUUUCAACAAGUUUUCAAAUGUCAACCACGUGAUCCUCUAUAUAUGCUAAACAAAUGUUCUUUAUUAUAAAACUCUCUCACACACACACA